AUGUCGAAGAGUCCUCCACCGGGUCCUGCUCGACCCGGUGGCUCCUCAAUGUCAGUCCUUUCCCCAAUCGGUGGCUUCUCCACCGCUUCCACUCACGAACUUUCCCCUGUUGAUCCACAAAGUAGAAAAUUGUCGACUCUUUCCGUUUCAUCUGAUCAUCUUGCAUCAAUGUCAAGAAAAAGAUCAAUGAGACAAAUUCUCGCAGAAGUCGAGAAAAAAGUGGAAAAGAAAAAGACAACGACUAUAGAGUCAAAACAAGCACCAGCACCAUCAAUAUUUGAAGCGGCAGCGUUGAUCAAAAAUAUUCAUCCACAAAGGAUCGAUUUAUUAUCAGGU